CCAAAAAAUAUAUCUGUGCUCUUUCGCAUCCAUACCCGUCUGGAGAUCACCCUGCACAAUGGAGCACGGUUCUAACCACAACGACUUUGACUUGCCAGCCUUACCCCCCAACGACGAGUUCGAUCCGUUCCUUGGAGACGAUCCGUUUUCGGCGCUGCCUGUCUUCAACUAUUCCUCUCAAUCAGCGAUCGGCACUCAAAAUCCAGGUCCCAGCUCCCUCUCGAACGAUGCACUCGCGGUAGUCUCGCCUCCUGAUCUGUCAAUGCAACUCACAGUCCCUGAGACAUACUCAGGUUUUCAGACCAAUGUAUCGAACAAUACCUUAUGGCGUCCUCCGCCAAUAUCAACGGCAAAUGGAUCUCGAACGCCCCCGAGCUCAUUCCCGCCUCCAGUUCCCACGUAUUCUUGGCUGGAACUCACCGACGCAGCUCAAAUUCCUUCCAACCAACCCUUGACCCGUCUUCCACCUCAGAGCCAAUUUUUAGCCGUCAAUGAGCAGCCAAUGACAAUACCUUCGAAUGAAAACCCUCAAGGCUCUGAACUGACUAUAUGGGCAAGCUCACGGAGUGAAGCAAGUUCUCUCAACAAUACGGCCCGCGUUCCCAAUGCCACUUUUCAGUAUCCAGGCACCAGUGGUGAAGUAGGCCAUACGCUGGAACCAUUCAAGGCCAUCACUAAUUUGUCGGGGACCCGGAAGCGAACGUUCACACAGCUAGUAGAAGGGGGGUUCCACCUGUCCGGAUAUGCACUUGCUGGAGUACGGGAAACCAACAAAGAGAUGAAAUGGACUGAAGCUAGGAAGGAAAAAAACAAAAAAUCUUAAGGCUGCUGGUGGCGCAUGCGUAGGGUGUCGAUGGAGAAAGCUGAGU